AAAUAAGCUAUUUACAUUUUUAUCAAUUUAAUGGACUGAAUUAAAGUAUUUAAUUUCUUAAAAUCUUAAUGACCCCAAACAUUUAAAUGGUAGCCUACUGUAGGCUAACCUAUAAUAGUCCUCAUUAUAAGCACAAAAUAAUAAUCAACUUUAAUAUUCAGUGAAGACGAUUAGAUUACAUUUAAUUUAUUGAAUGCGGUAAUGGACCCGGAUAAUGGGCAGGGGGGCGCUAGCCCAAAAAAGGUUGAGAACCAUUGUUAUAAGGUGUCUAAUCUCGUCCAAUGGUUUGACAACAAUAUCCCUAUCAAACACCCUCACGCGGUUUCAGUGAAUGUGAUUAAUAAUUAAAUGGGGGCCGGUUUAAGGCUUAUGGUGACUUAUGGUUCUUAAGCAGAUGGAAGGGUAUAAAUGCUCUUAGUGCGUCUCUCCGUGAUUCACUUUCGACAAAGCUCUUGGAAAUCAAACAUAUGCGAAGGACAUUUGAAUAUUAUUUAGCCUACUAAUUUAUUUAAACCACCAAAAAGAAUUAAAAACAGCAGAAAUGUCCGUAGUUAGCGCGCUGCCUUUCCUGAAGCCCAUCGACAUGAGAGCUCCGAUCUCCCCCGGCCGCCAGCGCCGGCACACGCUCCCCGCCAGCGAGUUCCGCUCGCUCAACACUGAGGACGCCAUCAGUGUAUUCGAAAUAGAGAGAGAGGCUUUUAUAUCUGUGUCUGGGGAAUGUCCUCUUCACCUGGAUGAGGUCCGGCACUUCCUAACCCUCUGUCCUGAGCUUUCUUUGGGCUGGUUUGAACAGGGGAGGCUUGUUGCUUUUAUCAUUGGAUCACUCUGGGACCAGGACCAUCUUACCACUGAUGCAUUAACCCUUCAUAAGCCUCAUGGGACUACUGUCCACAUCCAUGUGCUGGCAGUCCACCGGACCUUCCGCCAACAGGGAAAAGGAUCUAUCUUGCUGUGGCGUUACCUGCAGUAUCUGCGCUGUCUACCAUAUGUUCGCCGCGCCGUGCUCAUGUGUGAGGACUUCCUGGUGCCUUUCUACCAGAAGUCUGGCUUUAAGGGGCAAGGUCCUUCUGAAAUCACUGUAGGGUCACUUACCUUCAUCGAGAUGUAUUAUCCUAUAAGGGGACAUGCAUUCAUGCGUCGUAACAGUGGCUGUUAAGGGAUCCCUAAUCAUGUAGCUCUUUGGACCUUCAAAAGAAGCAGUGGGUGUGUUGAAGCAGCUUUUGGUUUUGGUCUAGAUAUAGAUAUUUUGUGGUGUUGUGCUGUUUGCAUCUACUUUUGUUAGCCUUGGUCAGCAUAGCAAAAAAUGUUAGAUAUACAUUAAAAAAAUAAUAUAAAAAAAGGCGGGGGUGGUUGGGGGGGUUCGGGGUGGUGCUGGAGGGGUUGGCAGAGCAAACUGUAUCCAAAUCUCUUAUCUAAAAGUGAUGGCUAAAUAUAUACCUUUUUUGUUUUAUAUAUAUAUAUAUAUAUAUAUAUAUAUUCAUGUCAAACCAAUUUUUUUUUUUUUUAUUGCCUCAAAGUCAGGUUAUCUAAUAGGCUAGGUUUAUAUUUAUUAUUAUUUAUUUGUUUUAUAUUUGGUAUGCAUUUCUCUAGAUUUCAUUUUUUUUUUUUUAUUGUGUACAUUUUUAAAUUCAUGACAGAUCUCCUUUUGUGUUGUGAGUUUGGGGGUUAAGGCUGGAAAGAUAAAGUAGUGGUUCAACAGUUAACCGUACUUCUUUAGGCUAGUUUUUGUGUUCAGUGUCUUGUGGCUGCUUUAGAUGUGUGUCUAUUCUGUGGAAGCAUUAAAAUAGCAUCAACUAAACACUUUUCCACUGUGAUCUCUCAUGAAAACAGCCACAAGAGAACAUACAGUGUUGUCUGUUAUGUCUGUGAGUGCCAAUGUUUAAUAUACAAUCCCAUAAACAUGAGAAACUUUUAAUGUGUUGCUUAGGCAUUAGUACAAUUUGAUUUAUAGAUUAGAAUUACUUGUUUACUUGCUUCAUAGCUAAGGAUUGAAGAGUUAAUGUUCGAUGUGCAGAGGUGUUGCAAAACAGAAAUCAUCAAAAAACACGAGAUGAUUAAGACUGUUUCCAUUUGCCUUUCCCUGUAGAAAUCCACCUCCUAUGCCUUUACAGUCUUGAAUCAAGAUGUCUAUGAUUUUGUACAUUUUGUCAGUAAAAAGAAAUAAAGAAUAUAUUUUUCAGAAUGA